CUGACUCACUCGAUCGCAAGUCCCUAGAUAUGGCGUCAUUCACAGGUCUAUCCAACCCGCUGCGUGCGGUCUUCACCGAAGGUGAACGCCCGAGUUUGGGCGUUUGGCAGAUGUUUCCCGGGGCCAAUAUUUCUCGGGCGCUGGCAAAGACGCCGGAUAUUGACUGGGUGUUGGUGGAUUGUGAGCAUGGGAACAUCGAUGAUGGCGCGAUGCAUGAUGCUGUUCCAGCCAUUGCCGCCCUCGGUGUAUCCCCCAUCGUGCGAGUUGCUGAUAACCAGUCGUGGAUGAUCAAGCGUGCCCUGGACUGUGGUGCCCACGGCAUUCUAAUCCCCCUCCUCCGCACGGCCCAAGACGCCAGAGAUGCCGUCAACGCCUCGAAAUUCCCCCCUUGGGGCAACCGCGGGUUCGGAUCGCCCUUCGCCAUGGAGCGAUUCAACCCGGUCCCCUCCAUGACCGAGUACCUGCAACACGCCAACGCUAGCCUCCUGACGAUGGUCCAGAUCGAGACGAAAGAGGCGCUGGCAGAGGUAGAAGACAUUGCAGAAGUGCCGGGCAUUGACGUUCUCUUCAUCGGACCUUUUGAUCUUGGUAACAACAUCGGCCACCCGGUGAUCAACGGCGAGAUCAAGCCCGAGCUCAACGCGGCCAUCGUUCGCAUUAGAGAUGCGGCUCGCGCGGCGGGGAAGAAAUCCGGCAUUUUCUGUACGUCCGGUGCGCAGGCGAAGCAUUUUGCGGAUAUGGGCUUUGAUAUGCUUAGCAUCUCGACGGAUGUAUCGGGCUUGUCGCAUGCCAUGACUGAGGCGGUUAGUCUGGCGAGGGGAGAGGGGAAGGUUGAGAAGAAGGCGUCUUACUAGUCUGGC